CGGCCACGUUCGGAUCCUGGCCCUAUCGGUCUCUUUGCACCUCGAGUCCAGUCGCCAACCAGUCAGCAGUCGCUUUCCCAUUCCAUUCCAUCAUUUGGACAAAUCUAACCAUGCCUUUUACUGACUGUCUUCAACCCCAACUCACUCCCGGCGAGAAGGCCGUCGUCAAAGAUUACGGUGGCUGGACCAACUUCAAUCACGCUAUGGGCCUCAAGCCGUACGACUCGGGAGAUGCGCAGGAGGCGGUAGCUAUUGCUAGGGCUUUUGCGCCGGAUUUUGCGAAGCAUCAGGCGAGUCAGAGCCAGGGGCAGGGGCAGGGGAAGCAGGGAGGGAGUGGUGGGAAGAAGAAGUAA